GUUGAUUUCAAAGUGUCAUUGGAAACGGGGCUUCAACUGCCUGAUUAAACAAACCAGAAGGAAGUGCUAGACAACUGCAGUUUUUACAAUGGUUCUAGGGAUUGUAGCUCUGUGGUCCCUGGCAGUCCUGUCCUUCGAGCGUUUCUUUGUGAUCUGCCGGCCUCUGGGGAAUGUUCGUCUUAGGGGGAAGCAUGCGGCAAUGGGCCUGCUGUUUGUCUGGACCUUCUCCUUCAUCUGGACGAUCCCUCCUGUGUUCGGCUGGUGCAGCUACACGGUCAGCAAGAUCGGCACCACCUGCGAGCCAAACUGGUACUCCAACAACAUUUCAAAUCACACCUACAUAAUCACCUUCUUUGUGACCUGCUUCAUAAUGCCCCUGGGGGUGAUCAUCUACUGCUAUGGGAAGCUCCUACAGAAGCUGAGAAAGGUGUCCCAUGGCAGGCUAGGUAACGCCAAGAAACCGGAGCGUCAGGUGACACGCAUGGUGGUGGUGAUGAUUGUGGCUUUCAUGGUGGGCUGGACGCCCUACGCAGCCUUCUCCAUCAUUGUCACAGCCUGUCCCACCAUCUACCUGGACCCCAGACUUGCUGCUGCACCCGCUUUCUUCUCCAAGACGGCCGCAGUCUACAACCCAGUCAUCUACGUCUUCAUGAACAAACAGUUCAGGAAGUGCCUGAUUCAGCUCUUUACCGGCAAGCCUGCGCCAGAGAACAUGAAUGCAACGUCGGAGCGACUGGGAAUGACGGGGGAGAGCUGCACGGGGGGCGAGAUGUCAGCCAUAGCAGCACGCAUCCCGGUCUGCGGCAACACCCAGCCUAAGAAUGAGGAGGCAUCUCCCAGCAAGUGCAGCUCCUUCGUCCAGCUGCCAAUCCCAGAGAACAAAGUCUGCCCCAUGUAGACCAACAGAAGACUAUCCCACCCCUGAACUCUCCUCCAGUCCUCACUGCCUUUUCAUCCUUCCAUUGCUAUGCAGAUGUGUCUUCUCUUACCCACCAACUUCUUGUGGUAUGUGUUAGUUUAAAGAUGCCAGGUGUAACCACAAGGGUUCCCUGGUUGACUUGUUAUGUAUUAGUAGACAUGGAGGGAAACCGUAGCACAAAAGAGGGACAUAAUGCUUUCAUGUAUGGCAAGCAGCCAGAUCACCCUGACUGCAUUUAUCUGCUGAAAGUCAUCUGAGGCUAAGCAGGGUCAGGCCUGGUUGAUCUCUGGGGUAGGAGACCAGAUGCUGUUGGAAAUUGUGUUAGAGUGCCAGUAGGGGGCAUUCUUCCCUCCUCAAUACCUUAGUCCAUCCUUUCUGUGGACAAAGGAUUCCCUUAUCCCUCAUACCACCAAUAUAUUUCACAGACAUGGAUUACCAACUGGGGUAAUUUUGACCCCAAGAAGAAACUAUUGGAAAAAGCAACAAUCAUAGCAAAAUAUCAAAUUAAUUAUUAUCAAAACAUCAUUAGAUAUGUAAAUAAAAUAAAUACUUAUUUUCACAAAAUUACAGGUCAUUUGCAUAUUCUAGAAAACAAGAAUAUACAUUUCACAAUAAUGUGCAGCUCUUUUCCAAAAUACAAUCCACAAGUACUAUUAAGCCAAUUUACCAUCAUUUGAUUGUGUUAUCAUUUCGUUUUUAGAAUGUUGAUGUAAAUAUACAUUUAGUCUUAUUUGGUAAAAAUGACUGGCAUUUUAAAGGGGCAGUACACCAACAUUUGAAAUAUACUUAAUUUUAAAAAGUGAUUAAUCCAUUGAACCUGUGAGACAAUGACCAACAAUAUGGCUUCGUUUUCUUUAUUUUCUUACCCCAAAGCCAGCAUGAGCAUCGUUGCUAGUGAAACAAUGGCAGUGGUAGGGCCUAUGGCUGUAGGCUUCAGAAAGCAUGCCCAAAUCUUCAGUCACUUCAAACCAAAUGUUAUAGCAACCCAAAUACCAUAACAAGUUGCACAUCUAGAAUAUUGGAAUUCAUGUAUUUAUAUAACACUUCCCGUAGAAUUACUAUUUUUCGAAGAAUACACAGCAAUACAACACUAUAUGUAAAUUUAGAGGGUAGCUGGUUUCUGUAUUACAGUUCUACCAAGUAUUCAUACUGACAUACUUUUAAUGAGCUGUUUUGACUGCAACUAAGCAUAUACAGUGGGGCAAAAAAGUAUUUAGUCAGCCACCAAUUGUGCAAAUUCUCCCACUUAAAAAGAUGAGAGAGGCCUGUAAUGUUCAUCAUAGGUACACUUCAACUAUGACAGACAAAAUGAGAAGAAAGAAAAUCCAGAAAAUCACAUUGUAGGAUUUUUUAUGAAUUUAUUUGCAAAUUAUGGUGGAAAAUAAGUAUUUGGUCAAUAAGAAAUCAACUGUGGGAGCAAAUGGGAGCAAUUAUUAGGAAAUGGAAGACAUACAAGACCACUGAUAAUCUCCCUCAAUCUGGGGCUCCACGCAAGAUCUCACCCCAUGGGGUCAAAAUGAUGACAAGAACGGUGAGCAAAAAUCCCAGAACCACACGGGGGGACCUAGUGAAUGACCUGCAGAGAGCUGGGAACAAAGUAACAAAGCCAGUAACACACUACGCCGCCAGGGACUCAAAUCCUGCAGUGCCAGACGUGUCCCCCUGCUUAAGCCAGUACAUGUCCAGGCCCGUCUGAAGUUUGCUAGAGAGCAUUUGGAUGAUCCAGAAGAAGAUUGAGAGACCUUUCUUUCCUCUGUCACGUCCGCAUUAGUGGAUCAUAUUAGGCUAACAUUGUGCAAUAAUUGGGGACAUGUAUAUAUAUCAUUAUGGGACGCGGACUAUAUGUACCAGGUUAAACCUGGAGCCUGGUUCACGGCGACUGGACCAUUGUCAUACAGUUCCAUGAUUAGUGAGGAUUAGGGUAGAUUUAUAGGACUAUUGUUCAAACCUCAUUAUACACUUUUUUCCACCUUCCAAUAUUUCAUGGAUUGAACUUUGCAGGAUGAAUCAAACCCCUCCAUUUUUGAUUCGUCAAUAUAUUUAGUGCGUAAAGGCUCUCCAAACCAUUUUUUUUUUAAAUGAAUCAUACACAUUUUUCUAACCCAAAUAUGUGCCGAAAUAAUCUACAAGAUCAGAGUAUUUUUAAAUCUACCAGUUGGUGCUGAAACGGAGACAAAUAUGCAUAUAUGUAGAUGGAGUUUCUUUCAUUGAUAUCUAUAUUCUGAACCAGUUUUCUCUAUGUGUUCUAGUGAGUCUGCCGAAAAAAUUAUAAUUAAAGGUACCCCCUAUUUAAAGGGAUGACUUAAGAUAAAUGUACUGAAACCCUAUUGAAUCAGAACUCCAUGAAUAAAUCUGUUAGCCAGCAAGUGGGACUGUGUUCAGAGGUUGAAUUAAAUGUAUUCAGCAUGCGGAAGUGAACCACGCCUGCAAAGUCCAUUACGCACCUGCAUAAGGUAAGUCUGAAAACGAACUCCUGAGAAGUGCGUAGGAAAGGUGUACAUUGACAAAGUCAUGAAACAUUUGAAAAACGGAAUAAACCACAUUCGGACUAUGAUCCAAAAUAUGCCUCUGGGGUUCAAAAGGACCCCAGUCGGUAGGAUGAGGGUUAAACCAAGGUCCUGAUUCUGUCUUCCAUGACCUCUAUCUUUUCAAACAGCUCUAGUACUAAAAGUAAAUGAUCAUAAUUUUCUACAUUUCACAGUAUUAACCCAACCUUAGUGUGGAAAUAAGUAUUAAACACAGAAAAAUCACACUUUUGACUUCACCGGGGCUUUAAACCCUUCAUUACAUCAUUACUUAUCAUUAUGACAAGGACAUGUUUGUUGACAGUGAUUAAAUAGGAGCAAUUCAAUAAGCUAGAAGUUACGGUUGUAAAUAGACAAUUUACUUGUUUGAUUCCAUCCCCCUUUACUUGAGUUGUGAGUUGUUUGUGUUCUGGUAGGCCUAUUGUCAUUAACUACCUAACAAUUGUAACUACCUAACAGUCCCGUAUACACUCAGCUUGUACAACUGAUGUACUCUCGGUUGUGCCAAAUGCAUUGUACAUCAGUUGUACAACUUGAGUGUGUACUGGGCCUGUGACUCGUCUGUUGAAUCUCGCUCUAAUCCAGACGAGCCAGACUCAUCUUUAGCUCUUUUCCCCUUUGAAGCCCCUGCGAUGGCAACUGCUGAGAGAUUGUUUUUCUAUGCUGUUUCACUACCUUUUUUUUGUUCUCUUAUUGAGCAGAAUCGAUGGGAAAGCUUUCAUUCCAAACAAAGACAGUCAAUGAGACUUGGUACAGUUGACCCCAUGCUGGCUCUGCUGGGAAAUAGAGGGACUGUAUAUUUAUCAUGAUUCCACAAAGAAUACUUUCUUCACUCUAUUACUGUACAUUGUCGAGAAAUACUGUAUAUGGGCACUGUGACUGGGUCCAGUAAAUCCAAGUUUCUCGGCUUAUCAUUAGCGUAGAUAACUGCUGUAGCAAUGUGCACAAAACCAUUGUACAAUGAGGAUCACAUCACAAAGCAUGGGCCUACAGUCAGCAAUAGUGUAUUUCAGAUGUUUUUGAACUUGUGUUCAUUUCUCUUUAACUAAAUCCUGUACACAUGACAGCGUCUCUUGUUUACCAUUCUGUGCUGCACCAUCCUUGAAUGUAACAAUUAAAUGAUGCCUGACAAGCCAGAGUUUGGAGGAUGUAUUGGCGACAAACCGUGCUAAUAUAUCCUCAACACCGGCUUUGAGGACAUUAUCACUUUAAUACAGGUUACCAACAUAUUCCAAAAAUUGACAUAUUUUCAUUAACGUUAUUUUGAUUAAUUUAUUCAUACUAUUUCAUCCUUCCACAAGAUAUAGUCCCAACAUAAAUCUAGGUCUCCUACCCAAGCCGGCUGGUCAUUCGCUCUAUCGGUUCUGUUGCCAGAGACAUGACCCACUCGUUCAGUCUUUUUGUUCUGUAAAUAUGGACGUUCGUUCUAAAUGUUAAUUCGUUCUAAAUGUUCCAUUGCUAUAAUGGCUGUUAACGUUUGUAUCCCUUGAUUUCUAGCUAGCCAGCUACGGAAUAACAGCCAGAAUAACAGCAAAGUAGAUGCAUUAUUGUAAGCCGUUUUCUUAGUGACAUUUAUUUGGCUACAUCCAAAACAAUGAGCUAAUGAGGUGCAAUUUUGCCUCGCAUAGAACUUGUGCUCCCUUGUCAGGACCCUGAAGCCUCAGAGGUCCUCAACUGGCAUCCUGGAGUCGCCUCUUCACUGCUGACGUUGAGACUGUUGUUUUGCGGGUACUAUUUAAUGAAGCUGCCAGUUGAGGACUUGUGUGGCGUCUGUUUCUCAAACUAGACACUAAUGUACUUGUCCUCUUGCUCAGUUGUGCACCUGGGCCUCCCACUCCUCUUUAUAUUCUGGUUAGAGCCAGUUUGCUCUGUUCUGUGACGGGAGUAGUGCACAGCGUUAUACGAGAUCUUCAGUUUCUUGGCAAUUUCUCGCAUGGAAUAGCCUUCAUUGCUCAGAACAAGAAUAGACUGACGAGUUUCAGAUGAAAGGUCUUUGUUUCUGGCCAUUUUGAACCUGUAACCGAACCCACAAAUGCCGACGCUCCAGAUACUCAGCUAGUCUAAAGAAGGCCAGUUUUAUUGCUUCUUUAUCCAGAACAAGAGUUUUCAGCUGGGCUAACAUAAUUGCAAAGGGGUUUUCUAAUGACCAAUUAGCCUUUUAAAAUGAUAAACUUGGAUUAACUAACACAACGUGCCAUUAGAACACAGGGGUGAUGGUUGCUGAUAAUGGGCCUCUGUUUACCUAUGUAGAUAUUCCAUAAAGAAUCUGACGUUUCUAGCUACAAUAGUCAUUUACAACAUUAACAAUGUCUACACUGUAUUUCUGAUCAAUUUGAUGUUUUUUUAAUGGUGAAAAAAAAGUGACCCCAAACUAUUGAACAGUAGUGUAUGUUGACCAUAAGAUGCUUAAAGGCACAAUCUGUAAGAUUUCCUGCUGUUCAUACUCAUUGAUUAUUGAGAUAUAUAACUUAUGCACUGUCAAAUCUUAUGUAAUACUACAUUGUUCAUGUUUUUGUUGUCAUUGAGUCUUUGUACACAAACAGUGUAUAGCUUCAAAAUAUGUUUACAACUACCAUAUCAAUCUCAUGGACUACAGCAUUUGCAUCUACAGCUCCAUCUCAGUGGAGGCUGCUGAGGAGAACGGCUCAUAAUAAUUGCCGGAAUUGAGCAAAUGGAAUGGCAUCACAAACACCUGGAAACCAUGUGUUUUGAUACUGUAUAUUUGAUACCAUUCCACUUAUUCUGCCCCAGUCAUUACCACGAGCCCAUUCUCCCCAAUUAGAAUUAUGUCACUCUUGCCCUGACUAUCAUGCUCCUGCAACAGUGUGUGUUGUAUUGUACUUACCAUGGCAUGUUGAGAGUUGUUCUGCUGUUUUUAAUGCAACUAUUUUGUCUUCAGUUAUUUACAAGAUUUCAAGGUCAUGGACGCUAGUUAUUAGAAAAAAACAUGUCUGUAUUGGAUUAAAAUAUAUUUUUUAAAAGCAAUG